AUGGCAGAUCAAGCAGCGCCGGCGCAGGUGGCUUCUCUGCCUCUGUUUACCCGAGCGGAGCUGGAGAGACAUGCACACAAGCUCGUCGGAUACCGCGGGUACUCUGAGCUCGUCUCAUCCGAUGGAGACUUUUCCCACUACCGGCGAUUCGAUCGACUAAACGCACACGUAACGCUUAUGUUGCAGGACGAAAUCGUGGAACUGGAAGCACAGCUGGAAGAGCGGGAGCUUGAAGCCCGGAAGCCACCCCGGCAAAACGCGUCCCACAACGGUGCCUUUCGCAGCAAAGCGUAUAAGGAUCGCAAGGCCAUCCUCCACAAGGCCAAAGCCAAGCUUGAGAGAUAUUACGCCUACAUCACCACGUAUAUCCGCCUCCGGAAUUGCGCCGAGACCACGGACAGGGAACGCGAGUCCCUGAAACAGUGGCAGAUGAACAACGACCAAACGAUCCACGAAAACGAGAGGGGCUACCUCGAGAAAGAAGACCUCAUCAGGACCGUGCCGAAAGAUCCCAACCCAAUGCGCGAUCUUCUCGUAAACUCAAGUUUGUUUCGCUCGCUCCCGUUCUGGCGGCCUCGGCAUCACGAAGGCCAAUUGCCAUACUAUGUUGGGGAGGACAGCGUCAUUUACGCAGAAGACUGGAUCAUCGACUUGUGCGCCAAGCUGCUGAUUGUCGCGCUGGGCCUGAUCCUCCUCCUAGCGCCCAUUUGGCUGCUUGCAUACCUCGACGAGCUCCUGUCCAAGCUGGCGCUGGUCAGCGUUUUCAUCUUCUCCUUCUCGGCCUUGUUGACGGCACUCACUCGGGACUCGCUCAAGACCAUUGAGUUUUUCAGCGCCAUCGCCGGUUACUCUGCGAUUCUCAUGGUAUACAUGGGGUCAACACACAAGUGA